AUGGCAGCCCUUAUACCCUCACAGUCUGCCGUCAAACCUCCCACGAAGCUUCAGUUAGCCCUAGCAUUGGCUAUCACCAAGCGGAAACCACCAGACACGGACAUCAAAGAAUACAUCUUACAGAUCAGACAGUGCAUCAAGCGGGACAAAGAAUCGGGCAAACUGGUUGCGACGGCGAAGUUCCUCGACAGUGUUUCAUUCUGGCAACGAGCAUACGAACAUGCCGAGGCGGGACAGAGCAAGCUACGCGAAGAAAUACAUGAGCUCAAACAGUUAAAUGAAGCCUUUCUCACCAAAUUAAAAGCCCAGGGUGCCCUAAAUGAUGACAAGUCGCUGGCGAACAAACGCAAGGCGUCUGCUGUUGGCAAGAAUGUGAGUGGUACAAAUGAGGCUAGGAAGCGCACAAAGCUACCACAGAAGACGAUUCCGUUAGCAGAUGAAGAUGGCAGUGACGACUCAAAGGAUGAGUCCUUGUGCCUCAACGCCCAACUUUGUGCCCUCCAAAACUCCCUACAGCGGAAACCAACCAGCCAUUCUGCUGCCAAUUCGCUGGUCACUCAAGCAGUCAUCCUUUGCAAGGCUACCGAACAGAACUUGAUCCAAACUGUUAUGAACAAGGCUGCUCUUGACGAGCAGAAAUCUUCCCAAUCCAAGCAGAGGACGCCGGACAUUGACGUUGUGAUCAAAGGGACGACAAUCGCUUUCCACCUCUCGCAUAAAGCAUUGCAUAAACUGGCCGGAACUUCAAAUGGCACGCAACAUCAAGGUCAGGUCAUCUACUACCUAGUAGGUCUGUUCGAGUCAACCAUGACUGCACUUACUUUGCACUGCACUGCAAUGUCAAAAGGAAACACACCAACGACAAAGCCAAAACUCAAGAAUAGCACCGCGUCUGCAACGAACUCUACUCAGCAGAGCAAGGACAUAAAGUUGAAGCCUUCACCAACCCACACCGACACAGCAUCACGCCUUGCAGACCUGCUCUGCACAAUGGCUCUGUCCCUCGAUUUGCAGAACAUUAAAGACCAGGAGGUAAUGGCAGGAUUCCUCUUCCUUAUUCUUACUCGCAUGGGCAGGAUGCUAGCUCUCCAUGUCUUCCAUGACCUACGACUGCCAAUGGGAGUCUGUCCGGGAAUGACAUUCCCAGAAGGUCUAGAAAAAAUGACAGAUGAGGCUCUCAAGCCCAACGAGGCACAAAUCGAAGCCACGUAUCUUGCUCGCUUGCUCGAACGCAUGCUUGAUAGCGAGUCCCGCCAAUCGACUUCAGAGAAAUCAGCUGCUCGUCAGUUUGUCGCGAAUGCAAAAGACCGUCUGCAGAAGACCCUUCUUCGAGCUGUCUUUGGACCUGAUGAGAGUCUGUUUCGGGAGGGGUUUCGACGCCCGCAGACACCGCCUGCUCUGGUGCUCGAUGGUGAGGAGAUAGAACAGAAAGUGUUUGCUGAUUGGCUCACACAGGAGUUAUGGCGGAUCGUGGGUUGGGAUGUGUUGAAGAGUGUGUUUGUUCCGACUUGA